GAAAUAUGUGUGCUGCAUGCAUGUAUAUAUGUAUGAGAUAAAUAAUUUAACUACUAGAAAAAAAAAAAAAAAACACUUUUCUGAAAUCAUGUCCAUUUAAAGGUUUGAUUAACCAAGCAACAUAUUUGUCAUCUUCUAAAAAAAUGAUUCCUGAAUCCCAAUCACCAUUGCAACUUCCUGUUUUGGACAUUUCUCAACCAUCAAACUCAUCUGCUCUAUCCUCUCUUGCUGCUGCCUGCAAAGAAUGGGGCUUCUUUCAUGUUACCAAUCACGGAAUCUCCAAUGAUCUUUACAGGAAAAUUAAUCGCCUCUCCAAACACCUCUUCAACCUCCCUUCUGAGACCAAACUAAAAGCAGGUCCUUACUCAUCUUUGAAAACUUAUACUCCUCAGUUCAUUGCAUCUCCAUUCUUUGAAAGCCUUAAAGUAUCUGGACCAGACUUCUCUGACUCUGCUAAGGGUUCUGCAGACGCCCUUGCUGGCGAAGGGAAUAUAGAAUUCAGUGAGAUACUGCAAGAAUAUGGAGGCAGAAUGACAGAGUUAGCAAAAGUCAUCCAGAAAACUGUCUUGAUGAGCUUGGGAGAAGAACUUGGGGUGAAGUAUUAUGUCUCAGAAUUUGGUAAUUGCCAUGGAUACUUGAGGAUAAAUAACUACUCGCCCCCGGAUAGUUUAGAGCAGGAAGUUGAAGGUCUUGGUAUGCACACGGACAUGAGCUGCAUAACAAUUGUCUAUCAAGAUGAAUUAGGUGGCCUCCAAGUAAGAUCAAAGGAUGGACAGUGGGUGGAUAUUUUGCCAUGUGAAGGAACUCUUGUGGUAAAUAUUGGUGACAUGCUGCAAGCUUGGAGCAAUGAUAAGCUAAGAUCCUCUGAGCACCGUGUUGUUCUGAAGAAACCGGUGAAUCGCUUUUCUUUAGUUUUCUUUUGGUGCUUUGAGGAUGAGAAGGUGAUCUUGGCACCUGAUGAAGUAGUUGGUGAAGAAAAUUCAAGAAUCUACAAGCCAUUUGUUUGCUCUGACUAUUUAAAGUUUAGAAUGAAUAAUGAGAAAGGUAAAUUUGAGAAAGUUGGUUUUACAGUUAAAGACUUUGUUGGGAUUGGAUCCAAGUUAAAGUAGAAGCAUGGCUAUCAUUCUUUGAGUAGUUAGUUGAUAAGCUUGUACAUCUCCUCAUGUUCCAUCAUUGCAACAUAGGUAGGUAUCUAGGAGUUCUGUUUGUGUUUGUUUUUGUUUAUAUAUAAUGUUAUGUCUUGUUAUUGGAUGA